UCCACACGCCGUGAGGGCAGUGCAUAAAACCAGUGGGACUUAGAGUACACUGCGCCAAUUGCUCUAUGUUUGCCUCUGCCUAUUUCUCAUGAUGGAUUUUCUUCAUAAGAAUGGAGUGCUUAUUAUUCAACAUUUGCAGAAGGACUAUCGGGCUUACUACGAUUUUCUAAAUUUUAUGUCCAAUGUUGGAGACCCCAGGAAUAUCUUUUCUAUUUAUUUUCCACUCUGGUUUCAACUUAAUCAGACAGUUGGAACCAAGAUGAUAUGGGUAGCAGUCAUUGGGGAUUGGUUCAAUCUUAUAUUUAAAUGGAUAUUAUUUGGUCAUCGGCCGUACUGGUGGGUUCAAGAAACUCAACUUUACCCAAAUCAUUCAAACCUAUGCCUUGAACAGUUCCCUACUACAUGUGAAACUGGUCCAGGAAGCCCGUCUGGUCAUGCGAUGGGCUCAUCGUGUGUCUGGUAUGUCAUGGUAACCGCUGCCCUGAGCCACUCUGUCGGCCGGAUGGACAAGUUCUCUGUCACCCUGCACAGACUGACCUGGUCAUUUCUUUGGAGUCUUUUUUGGUUGAUUCAAAUCAGUGUCUGCAUCUCCAGAGUAUUCAUAGCAACACAUUUUCCUCAUCAAGUUAUUCUUGGAGUAAUUGGUGGCAUGCUGGUGGCAGAGGCCUUUGAACACACUCCAGGCAUCCACACGGCCAGCUUGAGCACGUAUCUGAAGACCAACCUCUUCCUCUUCCUGUUUGCACUUGGCUUUUACCUGCUUCUCAGAUUGCUCGACAUUGAUCUGUUAUGGUCUGUGCCCAUAGCCAAGAAAUGGUGUGCCAACCCGGACUGGAUCCACAUCGACACCACGCCUUUUGCUGGACUUGUGAGAAACCUUGGAGUCCUCUUUGGGUUAGGUUUUGCAAUCAACUCAGAGAUGUUCCUUUUGAGCUGUCGAGGGGAAAACAGCUAUAAGCUGAGCUUCCGCUUGCUCUGUGUCACGACCUCAUUGACUACGCUGCAGCUCUAUCACUUCAUCAAGAUCCCAACACACACAGAGCAUUUGUUUUACAUGCUGUCUUUCUGUAAAAGCGCAUCCAUCCCAUUGACUGUGGUUGCUCUGAUUCCCUACUGUAUUCAUAUGUUAAUGCAAUCAAGAGAAAAGAAGAUCAAAUAGAGUUGUACAGAGAGUUCAUGCUCUCUAGCCCUACCAUCACCCUUCUCCAUCCACCA